UUGGUUAUCCGCUGCACUGGGCUUUCGGGUUGCCUUGAUUUUGUUCUUUGUCACGGACUCCUGUGUGGGGUGACUGUAUAUCCCAGAUUCCUAAAGUCAUUUCCGUUUGUACCCAUUGUCCCAGCGUGACAGUAUCCACCCCAGUUCUAUUUAAUAAUAUUCUUGGUUUCAGGCACGGCUAACGCACAUGACUGAGGAUAGCUAUGAAUGAGGCCCAAAACGAAAUUGUGAUUUUAAAACAUUACAUGAUUUCAUUUAUUCGCUUACUCUUGUAACUUGACGUCACCAUUAUGAGGCUUGAACUUUGUAGAUAGCAAAGUCAUGUUGCGAUGGUGAAAGUUUGGACUUGCCUGCUAGGUAACUUAGCAUACCCCCGUCCCUAAAGUGAACGUACAUGCAUUUGUAGGCAGCAAGAGUGGCUGGCUCAUGGCAGAUAAUGUAGAACUCAGGAUGGACCCACAGGUGUCAGAGACCCUUGACUUCAGGACUAGAGGUGGAGCUCAGUGGCAGAGCAAUUGCAGAAAGUCCAGGGUCCGUCUCCAGGGCUAGGCAGAGGCCAAGGGGAAGGAAAAGGAGAACAGAAUUCUAUGGGUAGGGUGUAGUAACACCUAAGUGGUAUUGAGAGUUAUGCAUGGUCAAAUGAACCCCCUAGUUACUGUGGGGCUUUAACAUGAAACCCCUAAAUUCUGCUGUGAUCUCUGUCUCAGUCUAAGGACCGUAAGGCCCCCUGAAUCCAUACCAGGAGCCAGAGCCAAUUAGCCAUGGCUAGAGAGUUUCAAAGGCAGUAUGUAAGGUCUACUGCUGGCCUUCUAGAAUUAGGCUCCGAGGUAGGCCACAGGUUAUUGGUAAUAAUGCCCAACCAUCCUGAUUUGCCAGAGACUGAGGGUUUCCUGGGACAUGGGACUUGUAGUUUUAAAAAAAUAUGUAUUUUAUGUAGUAUUCAUAAUGCUUAGAAUAUGUUUUGAUCAAACAUCCCCAUUCUUUCCCUUCUGGUUCCUCCCCACCACUUUUCCCUCCCAACUUCAUGUGCUCGCUCUCUUAAAAAACAAACAGACAAACAAAACAAACAAAUAAGCAUACAAAAAACCCCACUGAGUCCAUUUAGUACAUGGGUGUGGGACCAUCUACUGGAGCAUGGGAAGCUUCUCAGAGCCUGCAUCCUUGAAGGAUACUGACUCCCAAUUAUCCGUUCAUCUAGGCUGUUUCUAUCUCCUGGCUAUUAUGACUAGAACAAUCAUGGAUGGGCAAAUGUCUUUGCAGAGUCCUUUAAGAAUGUGUCCAGAAGUGAUGUAUCUGGAUCAUAUGGUAGAUCCAUUUCUAGCUUUUUGAGGAAUCACCACACCAAUUUCUAUAGUGGUUGCACAGGUUUGUACUCCCACCAACAGUGAAUAAACAUCCCCCUUUCCCCACAUCUACACCAGCAUUUGCCAAUCAGAUCUUCUGGUCUUUUCCCUACUAAGAAGCCUGUCAAAAAUGGCAGCUAGCUGCUAUUGCUAUGAUGUUUCUCCAUGCCAAGGUUUUCUUGGUCACUGGUAAGGGCUAUGAUUCUCUUUUCCUAGCAUGCUCUAGUACCUACACCUCAAGGUAGUGGGCUCAGUGGAAUUUCCUGUUUUGACCAGAAGAAUCAUAAUGUACACAAGGACUUGGCAAAGCCGAGAUGAGAUUCAAAUGAGAGCUGCCGUAGCCAUGUCUGAAAUACAUAUUCCAGUGAGUGGGGGAGCAGAGGUUACAUCAGAGGACUGUGGAUACUCAGCUUCACCCUGUGGGCUGCAGGGAGCUCCAAAGAUCAGCUGCCUCUGGGACUCUUCCUCUGCAGGCUUCCCAGAUCAUGUGGUACACUAGCACCCGGGGAAUGGCCCCACGGGUCAACUUUGAGGGGGCCCUCUUCUCUGGCUAUGCACCAGAUGGGGGCCUCUAUGUGCCAGAGGAGUUCCCACAGCUGGACAGAGAGACCCUGCGCCACUGGAGCACGCUUUCCUAUCGCAGCCUGGUGAAGGAGCUGUGUGCCCUCUUCAUUGGCCUGGAGCUCAUCCCAAGACAUGACCUAAAUGAUCUGAUUGACCAAGCCUUCAGCCGAUUCCGCCACAGAGAUGUGGUCCAUCUGCGCAGACUGAGGAAUGGGCUGAACAUACUGGAGCUGUGGCAUGGGGUCACAUAUGCCUUUAAGGACCUGUCGCUGUCCUGCACUGCUCAGUUCCUGCAGUACUUCCUGCAGAAGAGGAAGAAGCAUGUCACCAUUGUUGUAGGAACUUCCGGGGACACGGGAAGUGCUGCCAUUGAGAGUGUUCAGGGGUCCAAGAAUAUGGACAUCAUCGUUCUGUUGCCCAAAGGCCACUGCACAAAGAUUCAGGAGCUCCAGAUGACGACGGUGCUGAAGGAGAAUGUCCAUGUGUUUGGAGUGGAAGGGAACAGUGACGAACUAGAUGAGCCCAUCAAGGCUGUGUUUGCAGAUGUGCCUUUUGUCCAGAGGCACAACCUGAUGAGCUUGAACUCCAUCAACUGGUCUCGGGUCCUGGUGCAGAUGGCUCACCACUUCUUCGCUUACUUCCAGUGCGCACCCUCCUUGGACACGCACCCCCUGCCCGCUGUGGAGGUGGUCGUGCCAACAGGGGCUGGGGGUAACCUUGCAGCUGGGUGCAUUGCUCAGAAGAUGGGCCUGCCCAUCCGCCUGGUUGUGGCCGUGAAUCGCAAUGACAUCAUCCACAGGACUAUCCAGAAGGGAGACUUCUCUCUGUGUGAGGUUGUCAAGCCAACCCUGGCAUCCGCUAUGGACAUUCAGGUUCCCUACAACAUGGAGAGGAUCUUCUGGCUGCUUUCUGACUCGGACAGCCAGGCAACAAGAGCGCUCAUGGAGCAGUUUGAAAGAACCCAAAGUGUGAGCCUCCCCAAGGAGCUACAUAGCAAGCAUCUCCCGGUGCUGCCUGGCCUCUGCCUCGGCAGUCAAAUUCCCAGAAGCAGUCCAGGCUGCUGGGCUGACUCCUCAGACGCCUGCAGAGAUCCUAGCCCUGGAGCACAAGGAGACCCGCUGCCUCCCGAUGCGGAGAGGAGAUGACUGGAUGCAGAUGCUGCGGGACACAAUUGAGGGCGUGUCCCAGCGCUGGCAAGGUGGUGCUGUGAACCCCUCAGAAUAGCCAGGCUGGAACUGGCUUGAAGACGCUUGUCCCGGGACUCACUAGGACAAGAUGGCUCAGUAGUUAAGAACUCUUGCUGCUCUUCCAGAGGACCUAAGAUUAGUUGCCAGCACCCAUGUCAGGUGACUCACAACCACGUAUAACUCCAGCUGCAGGAGUUCUGACACUUCUGGCCUCUGUGGGCAAUGCACUCAUGUGCACAGAUUCACAUACAGACACGCAUACCUACAUAUAAUUUAAAAUAAUAAAAAUAAAUCCUUUU